AAAUACUCACUAAGUUUAAUUAAGGCGGUAUGGGCCGGAGUGUGUAGUAAAUUUCCUGGUGAUUUAAACACACUUACUAGCUUACUAGCCUGACGUCCAAAGUUUGGAUCCAGUGGUGCACUUGCCUACGUGCCUUACUGUGUACGAACUUUUUAAUCGGGGUAAAAUCUUGUUUUCACAAGUUUAAUCAGACAAGGAGACUCAACGCUAGAAGCCGCGCUCGGCACCCUCUUUCAGCGACGCACCGCUGUGGCGUUGCUGCGCAAACGUGGCUAAACGCCCCUCUUACUGGUGGCUUAUCAUGGGGCAUUUGCGCUCAGAUGAACCGCAUCUCCUGUUCUCUCCAAGUCUCCCCCUUGUCGAGCUACAGUAGUAUUUUUCGCUACUUCUUGAACUCGUUUCACUCGUCGAUCGUUGCACUCAAUCCAUAGAACUGAUGAGCGUUACACAGCAAGCUUCUUCCUCACAAAUAUCAUUAUCUGCGACCACGCCUCAAGUGAGCCCCUCAAAAGACACCUUUCCUUUCGACUGUUUGAGGAUCGUCGGUAACUUUCGUCGGGGAGCCACGGAUAAAACCAAUGCAUUUAUCAACCUUUGUGAACGUGCCUCAAAGAUGGGACAAGGUGAGCUCGGAGAGCCAAGCGCUUCCUCGCUCGUCGCACCCUACCACCGCAUGCUCGACACGAUUGAAAAGGAAAUUGUCUCGAUUAGAGGUCAAAAUUCGGGAGACAAAGAACAAGCUCUUGAAGAUGGAGACCAAUUUGAAGAAGAACAAGAAUCCGAACAUGAUUCUUCGUCCGACGAGUUCGAAGCCGUCGCUGAGUCAGAGACUGUCAAGUCCUACACUGAUUCAGAGGAUGGUGAGCCCUCGAGGAAAAAGUCUCGAGAUUUUAAACUCGACUUCUCAAACCUCUCUCACCCAACAGUCACUCGGAGAGCGAAGAAACUCUCUCGCUCUCUUAGAAAAACCAACGCUAUUCUCGCGAAUUGGGCCCAUGACCCGAAGCGUGUCAAGCGUAAGUGGCUCGAGUCUCCUUUCGUCCCAGAGUUCCCUGAGUCCGAACUCUACAACAUCAUCCGAGGACGAGUCGUCAAUUUCGACGUCGUCUUCUCAGGAUGGUAUUCUGAUGAGCCUGAGCAAGACUGCGAAGAGAAGGUUGGAAAAGUCAAAAUUAAGGUCGUCGGAGGAGCUGAGCCUGCGAAGUCCAUCCGAGGCUCGCAGGACUGGCACGUCGCCUAUUCUCUCUUCGCAGCAGCAAUGCUUUUCGCCUUCCCUCACCGACAAGACGAAAUUUUCGACUACCAAAACUACAUACAUCAAAAAUUUGCCAAAAAACAGUCCGGAUCUCAUUCAAAGAUCAUCGCGUUUGACAGAGCAGUUCGAAAACGUGUCAGCAGAAGAAGGGAUCUCGAACUCUCUGAUUUCAGCCAAUUCACCGACCUCUACGAAUCGCACUGCAUGCCUGACGGCGUCAACAUCGGGGACGAUUCCAAUUCUAGCGGAGGCAAACGGAAGCGAAGCAGUCGAGAGUAUUGUAAGCGUUGGAAUUUUGGAAACUGCAGCCGCUCAGCAGCGACUUGCAACUACAAACACGCCUGCGUCAAGUGCAACAGCACAGACCAUAAUGAAAAGAACUGUGACUCACGAAGCUCUUGA